UUGUGGUUCACUGGGUACGGUCGCUUCUCUAGUCGCUGGCUGGCUGGCUGGCUUGCUUCGAUCCGGGUGAUAGAUAGAAAAGUUCGGCGGCCGGCGUGUCAAUGGAAACUAGUGAUUGUUCAAGUGCAGGGACUCCUAAGUGGAUUAUUUGUUGUGUGAACAGUGCGCACCGUCGCCUUUCGGUUACCCUAUAGUAGCAGGCAGCUGUAUAGUUUUUCGCUGUUCCGUGGCCUACGAACGGACGGAUUGUUGUGCGACUGGUUUUGGAAUACAUUUAUUUUUUGUUUGGAUUGCGUCAGCUGUAACAGCAGAUCCGGGAGAUGAAGGUAGAUUCACGAUUUUAUUUGAAGGAAAAGCAACUCAAGGAAUGCAGCGCCCAGUUAGAAUGAAACAGUUCAACUACUAUUCGGAAACGUGCUCGAUCAAUGGAAUGGCACAAAGUGAGCAGCAAUUCCUGCGGGGUGACAGCCAGCGUCAAACACCGGUUGUGAAGCCCAAAUCGAUUUGGUGUGAAUUCGUUUCGGAAAAUAAGCUGAUUCUGGUCACGCUGAGUGGUGUUAUUCUGGGUGUGCUGUUGGGUUUCACCCUUCGACCGCUGGCCCUAUCGGCGGACACCAUUAUGCUGAUCGCCUAUCCGGGCGAGCUGUUCAUGCGCGUGCUAAAGCUGAUGAUUCUUCCGCUGGUGAUUGCAAGUCUGAUCAGCGGUUCUUCCAGUCUGAAUGCCAAGCUGAACGGAAAAAUCGCGCUGCGGACGUUCGUUUACUUCGCACUCACGUCCCUGUUGAAUGCCAUACUCGGUACCUUCUUGGUACUGCUAAUUCACCCGGGCGAUCCCAGAAUGCAUGAGGCCAUGGCCGAAUACACGGUUGCUGGUGGCCGGACGGUUACACUGAUGGAUAGUAUCUUAGAUUUGGGAAGAAACAUAUUUCCGGACAACAUAUUUCAAGCCGCACUCCAACAAGCCCACACCGUCUACGUACCGAAAGAAAGUACCACCAACGGGAGCGGUAUUCUACCCAUUGCUAGCACCCACCAACAAACGAAACCAACCAGCACGCAGAACACCUUCACCUGGGAUGACGACGAGGAGUUGAUACGGAUCGUCGAAUACCGUCCGGGAACCAAUACGCUGGGGAUAGUGUUCUUCUGUUUGGUUUUCGGAACCCUUUUGGGAACCAUCGGUAGCAAGGGCUACGUUGUGGUUCAAUUCUUCUCGGCAAUUUUCGAAGUCAUCAUGAAGAUGGUAACCGGCGUGAUGUGGCUGACUCCGGUAGGAAUCGGUAGUGUGAUUGCGGGGAAAAUAUUGGCCGUUAGUGAUAUCAGCCUGGUGAUGACUCAAUUGGCUUGGUUCAUCUUUACGGUGGCUUUCGGUGUUCUUCUGUAUCAGUGGAUUAUCAUUCAGGCAAUUUAUUUCUUCUUUCUGAGAAGAAACCCAUUCAAGUUUUAUGUGGCACUAAUCCAACCGUUAUUGACGGCAUUCGCUACGGCUUCUACUGCGGCUGCUUUACCGAUAACGUUUCGAUGUAUGAAUGAAAAAUUAAAGGUGGAUUCGAGGAUAACACGAUUUGUGCUGCCGAUCGGGGCUAAUAUUAACAUGGAUGGAACGGCACUGUUCAUAUCGAUCUCGUCGAUCUUCAUUGCGCAGAUGAGCAGCAUGCAGCUGAAUGUGGGUCAAAUUUUGACCGUGGUACUAACUUCGACGGCCGCUUCGAUGAGCUCGGCCAGCAUCCCGAGUGCCGCGCUGGUGCUGCUGCUGGUCGUACUAACCGCGAUCGAUGCUCCGAUGCACAACGUCACGCUGCUGUUCGCCGUGGAUUGGUUCGUUGACCGCAUCCGGACGACUAAUAAUUUCCUCGGGGAUUGUUACUGUGCCGCCAUCGUGGAACAUCUAUCCAAGCGCGAACUGAAGCUUACCGAGCCGAACGAGGGAGCGCACUACCGAGAGGACGACGAACUUACCCUGGACGACGAGGGUAAAGUUCCCGCUAGAAGUUCCACCGGAGAAGUUUAGGAGCCCCGAGCCUUAGAGCCUACACCCACCUACAGCAACACUCUCUUAGAUAGAGAGAUAGAGAGAUUCUAGUGCGAUGAACUCACCGACUAGGUCGGUGAAAUGUGAUAUUGAAUAACCUGUUUGUUUUGUUAGUUUAAGUAGCAAAAGGUAAUGUUAUG